AUGUCUGCGGAGCCGGAUCACACUCACGACAAGAAGAGGGUCCAUCUCCAGGACGCCUCUGGCGCUGAGAAGAAGGAAGAGCUCGACACUUCUACUGCCAUCCUUAAGAAGAAGAAGAAGCCCAACUCCUUGAUUGUGACCGAUGCCGUCAACGAUGACAACUCCGUUAUUGCCCUCUCCAACAACACCAUGGAAACUCUCCAGCUCUUCCGCGGUGACACAGUUCUGGUUAAGGGCAAGAAGCGCAAGGAUACCGUUCUGAUUGUUUUGGCCGAUGAUGAUCUCGAUGAUGGUAGUGCCCGCAUCAACCGUGUUGUGCGCCACAACCUCCGUGUGAAGCACGGCGACAUCAUCACCGUCCACCCUUGCCCCGAUAUUAAAUAUGCUAAGCGCAUUGCUGUGCUCCCCAUCGCCGAUACCAUCGAGGGCCUGACCGGCUCUCUCUUCGAUGUCUACCUUGCUCCUUACUUCCGCGAAGCCUACCGCCCCCUGCGAAUUGGCGACACAUUCACCGUCCGCGGUGGUAUGCGCCAAGUGGAAUUUAAGGUGGUCGAAGUCGACCCCCCAGAGUACGGUAUCGUUGCACAGGACACAGUUAUUCACUGCGAGGGUGAGCCCAUCCAACGAGAGGAUGAGGAGGGCAACUUGAACGAGGUUGGCUAUGACGAUAUUGGUGGCUGCCGGAAACAGAUGGCUCAGAUCCGUGAAUUGGUCGAGCUGCCUCUCCGUCACCCCCAACUCUUCAAGUCUAUCGGUAUCAAGCCUCCCCGUGGUAUCCUCAUGUACGGUCCCCCCGGUACUGGUAAGACCUUGAUGGCCCGUGCCGUCGCCAACGAGACCGGCGCUUUCUUCUUCCUCAUCAACGGUCCCGAGAUCAUGUCCAAGAUGGCCGGUGAGUCCGAGUCCAACCUUCGCAAGGCUUUCGAGGAGGCCGAGAAGAACUCUCCCGCCAUCAUCUUCAUUGAUGAGAUCGACUCUAUCGCCCCUAAGCGUGACAAGACCAACGGUGAGGUCGAGCGCCGUGUCGUUUCCCAGCUGUUGACCCUCAUGGACGGCAUGAAGGCCCGCUCCAACGUGGUCGUUAUGGCCGCCACUAACCGUCCCAACUCCAUUGACCCUGCCCUUCGUCGUUUCGGCCGUUUCGACCGUGAGGUUGAUAUCGGUAUUCCCGACCCCACUGGCCGUCUGGAGAUCAUGCAGAUUCACACCAAGAACAUGAAGCUUGGUGACGAUGUUGACCUGGAGACCAUCGCUGCCGAGACCCACGGUUACGUCGGUUCCGAUUUGGCCUCCUUGUGCUCUGAGGCUGCUAUGCAGCAGAUCCGUGAGAAGAUGGACCUGAUCGACCUUGAUGAGGACACCAUCGAUGCCGAGGUUCUCGACUCCCUGGGUGUCACCAUGGAGAACUUCCGCUACGCUCUGGGUGUCUCCAACCCCUCCGCUCUCCGCGAGGUUGCCGUUGUCGAGGUCCCCAAUGUCCGCUGGGACGACAUUGGUGGUCUCGAGGAGGUCAAGCGCGAGCUUAUCGAGUCCGUUCAGUACCCUGUGGACCACCCCGAGAAGUUCCAGAAGUUCGGUCUCUCGCCUUCUCGUGGUGUUCUGUUCUACGGUCCUCCUGGUACUGGUAAGACCCUGUUGGCCAAGGCUGUCGCAAACGAGUGCGCUGCCAACUUUAUCUCCGUCAAGGGCCCCGAGCUUCUCAGCAUGUGGUUCGGUGAGUCUGAGAGCAACAUUCGUGACAUCUUCGACAAGGCUCGCGCUGCUGCUCCUUGCGUUGUCUUCCUGGACGAACUGGAUUCCAUUGCCAAGUCUCGUGGUGGUUCCCAGGGUGAUGCCGGCGGUGCUUCUGACCGUGUCGUCAACCAGCUUCUGACUGAGAUGGAUGGUAUGACCUCCAAGAAGAACGUUUUCGUCAUCGGUGCUACCAACCGUCCCGAGCAAUUGGACGCUGCCCUGGUCCGCCCUGGUCGUCUUGAUACUCUGGUCUACGUGCCUCUGCCCGACCAGGAGUCUCGCGAGUCUAUCCUCAAGGCUCAGCUGCGCAAGACCCCCGUCGCUACCGACGUCGACAUGGCCUUCAUCGCCAGCAAGACUCACGGCUUCUCCGGUGCCGAUCUUGGCUUCGUGACCCAGCGUGCCGUCAAGCUCGCCAUCAAGGAGGCCAUCUCCCUCGACAUUGAGCGCACUCGUGCCCGCGAGGCCGCUGGCGAGGAUGUCACCAUGGGAGAGGGUGAGAUUGAGGAGGAGGACCCCGUUCCUGAGCUGACCCGCGCCCACUUCGAGGAGGCCAUGAAGACCGCUCGUCGCUCUGUCAGCGAUGUCGAGAUCCGCCGCUACGAGGCCUUUGCUCAGAGCCUGAAGAACUCUGGUGGCAGCAGCUUCUUCCGCUUCCCGUCCGCCGGUGAGGUUCAGAACAAUGACACCUUCGGUGAAGCCGGUAAUGAUGACAGCCUCUACGACUAA